CUGGCAGUGCUAUCAAAUUUGGAUUAUGGAUUCAGAUUCAUUAUCGUCUGUAACUGUUCUGCAACUAACCUGUAAAGUGUAAAUUUCGAGAACGUUUAUGUAUUUUAACUAAUCCCUAGUUAUUUUUGCCGUUAGAAGUAUUAUUUUAUGGACUCAAUAUUUAGUCACUAAAUUAUUUGUUUAUACUUAUUGUACCCCAAUUUCAAUUUGACAGAUUUGUUUUAAUAUGUCAGUCGGGAGAGUAAAAACAAAAGUAGACAAAUCAGGAGAGAUCAUUGCAUAUAGUGAAUUGGCCAUAAGAAACAAUGCAGCAGUUGUUGAAUAUUGUAGAACAUCAAUGGCAGCCCUUUCUGGUGGAACUUCAGGACUUUUAGGCUUAACAGGGUUUUAUGGAUUUGGAUUCUAUGUGUUUGCUGUCUUAGGUUUGUGGGGUCUUCUUCUAAUGAAAGCUGGUCCACAGUGGAAAAAAUAUUUCAUCAAUAGAAGAACUCUUCUUACAAAUGGAUUCUUUGGUGGUUUAUUCACAUAUGUAUUAUUUUGGACAUUCCUGUACGGCAUGGUUCAUGUUUACUGAAGAAUAAUGGAGCAUCAUUUCCAUCAGCAACAUCCACUUUCAUAAAAUUUCAUAUUUCAAUACAUUAUAUUUUCAAUAUCCCAAUAAAAGUUUUACCAGUUGUUGA